AUGUCAUCCACACUGGAGUUAAGAUCAAGACUGAAAGGCGUUGAUCUGUGGACUGCACUUGUUUUGGUCGAAUUCAUUCUCCUUAAAACACGUCAACAUAUCCAUCAUCUGAGGAAUACAGACCACAUCUAUGACAAAGAGACAAUGGGAUCAGUUGUUAAUACCGGUGACAACAGUUAUUCAAGACAGUAUCCACGUGGUGGUGAAGAUGUAUUGUCUAUUGUCUACAUACCUGAUGCCACUUUGGUCCCGGAGGUCACCUCAUUCCUCAAGACCAUGGGUUUGUCGCCUUUGAAUCUAGUGACGGGUCGGGCGGGUCUUCGGCCGUUUCGCAUCCAUUUGUUCCAACAUAACAAACAAAUCAAAUCAAGUCUUAAGAAGUGUUGUCUUGAAAGCGAAGCCAAAGAGUUAUCUCUUAUCUCAACAAAAGUAUUAUUUGCCAUAAAAGCCAAACUUUUCAUAACAAUAACAAUCGGAUCCAAAGAUGAGCGCAAACUAAUGGUCGCCAAAGAUUAUAAUGAGAUUAAAGGCAUUACUUAUACUACCGAUCGUUACCUCCAGUUCUUGUGGGCACUGUUUCUGCAGCUAUUGAUCCGCAGAUUGAUUCCAAUCAACGCAACUAAGAGCCCAUCCGAGGCCACAGACAACACAUCCCAAGAACGGGAAGACAAGGAGGAAGAGGAAGAAAACGAGUCUUCAUUGACAGCUUCGGACCAACAGCUGAGGCCAGAGAUGUGGAAAUGCCCUGAGAGGAAGUGCUCGUUAGGCUAUGACUGGCAUCCGGAGUGUUUGACGUGUCACGAGUGCGGCAAACGUCUCAACCCCGGCCAACACGCCGAGCACAAAGGCAUUCCCUACUGUUGUAUACCCUGUUAUGGAGCCCUCUUUGGACCACAACUUUACGGCCACGGAUCUCGAGUCGAAUCUCAUUCCAGUUUUGGGCCACAGAAGAAUCGCUUGAGCUCUUCGGCGGACCAAAUGUCUGACAAAGUAUUGGAAACAAAACUUAAAGAAUACAAUCAAUACUACGAGGGAAAGGGCGGCGGCAGUCAUGCCGUACAAUACCGGGAAAGGAACGGGAAGUUCAUUCUGGAGGGUUCCGUACGGAUCUAUUGGGACGUCUCUAAUGUCAUACAACUCAAAGAGGAUAACGACGACCGGGUGUUCAUCCGUCGCCGGAGUUACUAUAAUCCGCGGCGAAAGAGUUCCGCCAAAUCGAUGGCCACGUUUGACGACACGCUAAGCGUCUGUUCGGCCACAACCUAUAGUCCAGACUCGACCCAACCCUCGAGCGCCACGACGAGUCCAUCGUCGCCACCGUUGUCUUCCAGCGAUAGUAAGUCCAGUCCGUCGACGACAAGCAACGGCGCCGGCAGUCCCGAGGCUGACGGCGAUCGCAAAUACUGUACACUUCCCGCCCGCGGGUCCGAAGAUGCCAAACGAGUGAGAGAUGAGUUGCGCCGAACCAGUAUGAGCUUCGAUGACGAGUAUGUCCAACAGAUCACCGACUCGAAGAACCGCCAAAGUCUGAUACAAACGCCAAACACUAACACCAAAAGUCCAGAGGCCAGUGGCGGCGAUGCGGAGGUUGUCCUGAGGCGGACGUGUAACUUAAGGCGAUCGCGGAUUAAACUCCGUCGCCGGUGCUCUAUAAAUGGCCACUUCUAUAAUAGAGAGACGAGUACUUUCACUCCAGCGCACGGCUCUGUCACCAGUGUAUUCAUAUCUAGUCUACUGAACGCACCCGAAGUUAUCAAUAUAUUGUUGGAUAAGUUUAAAGUGACGAAUAAAGCCCAAGACUUCUCGCUGUUUGUGCUCAGAGAUAACGGAGAAUGCAAACGACUUCAAGACCACGAGUUCCCACUCAUCGUUAGAGUAAUGUUAGGACCGAACGAAUCGGCGGCCAAAGUGUUCAUAUUUAACAAGAAUAAAGACGAGAUUUCCAGCGAAGUGAGUCUCUCUCUCUCGGACCUCUUCCUCAUCGAACUUUCGCAGAAACAUCUGGAGCUCAGCAUUCGUUAG